AUGGCUGCUCCUCCAGCAGUCCAGCUACCAAAGCAUGCCCUGAUGAUGAUCAGAGAUUGUAUGUCUCGGCCAUCGAGCAAGGGGAAGACGCUGCAGUGCAUGAAGAUCGUCGAGGACAUCGCCUUCGGGCUGCUGCACCUCCACCAGCAUUCUUCUGCAGGCAUCGUGCACGGGAACCUGAAACCGUCCAACGUGCUCCUGAGGCCCGACUGCGAGUCUUCCCUCACCGACUACGGCCUCGUGCCCGCGCUGCUCCACAGCAGCCCCUCCGCGUCUCUCCUCUACCGCGCCCCAGAGACGCGCUUCGCCUCAUCCGCCAUUGGGGGCUUCACGGCAGCGUCCGACGUGUACAGCUUCGGGGUGCUGCUGACGGGUCGGACGCCGUUCCAGGAGCUGCUCCAGGCGGAUGACAUCCCUGCCUGGGCUACAGCAAAAGUGUCGACCGGCCGUAACAUCUAA